AUGUACAGCGUAUUGAGUACAUUGCGCGAUCACGUCCGUGCCUCUGCUCUGCGAUUAUCGCCUCGAUAAUUCCCUCCAGUCUCUCCCCUGAGCUUCGUCCCCGACGUGUGCACCCAUGCCGUCCACAAGGAGGUUUCCCUACUGUGGGCUGUCCCUGCGAUCAGUCGUGGCCAUCCUAGUGAUCGUUCAAGUCUCUCUAUACUUAACGUGGAGGUCAUACUCGGGCUGCGAAUGCGAAGAACCAGAGGACAGGCUGGGGAUGCUCCCCCCCGCGUCCAUGCAGGAGACUCGCGUGACUCCAAACGCGAACGCCGACCUGAGCGAGGGCGAAAUCACGAAGAGGAUCAUCGUGCCCCUUUUCCCUAUUGAGAAUCGACGCAACAAAUUCUUCGUGGAAGCGGGUGCCCUGGACGGGAGAACGAUAUCGAAGACCCUCCAUCUGGAAGAAUUCUACAAUUGGACGGGGCUUUUGGUGGAACCGAAUCCUCAUCUCUUCCACAAGAUGACGACCCAGGGAAGAAAUGCUUGGCUCGCUCCCUAUUGUCUCUCACCGGAGAGGGGAAUCAUUCAUGCAGUGAUGGAGUAUCCCUACGAUCCGAAAGAUCCAAUUGCCUCCUGGGGAGGAGGAAUCAGCCAGAAACAGAAAGUGAAGGGUCCGAUAAAAAAAGGGGCGACCAUCUACUCGGCGCUUGUCAAGUGCUACCCUCUUCACAUGCUAUUGGACGCUAUAGACAUCAAGACCGUCCACUUCUUCAGCCUGGACGUGGAGGGCCUGGAACUGCAGGUUCUCAAGACUCUGCCCUUCCAUCGCAUCGACUUUCAAGUCAUCCAGGUUGAGCACCUUUGGAACGACGAGGGCAAAGAACCUCUCAGUAACUUUCUACUUUCCCUCGGAUAUAAAUUGGUGAAAGAAGAAGGCAGCGAAUCCAUCUUUGCUAACACGACGGCACUGCUCUGAGAAUUCCAUGUCAUUGAAGAUCAAAAAGGAAUAAACCAGAUAUCAGUGGCUCAUUUAUAUGUUGCAAAAUAAAAGGCGUUAUAUGGGUUGCAAAAGGCUUGAAAUCACGGCGAAUGUUUGCAAUUCCUCGUGUCAAAAUCCGAAAAGCGAAGGAAAACGGCCCAAGGUUCGGUUAGAAAUCCCGUGUUGCUGCAGAAUCGAAUCUUCAUAAUGGGACGGUACUUGCUUGGUACUUGGACUUUAUCUCGUGAAUUUCUCAUUUUCGGCGAAUAUUUGACAACGGCUCAGUCCGGGUGCCAAUCGUCACAACUUUUAAAUUAAUGCGAAGUCUUAUUUGUUUUCUUCUUCAUUCUAUGCCAACCAAUUUCUGUACGGUUUGGUCCACCGCCGUUAAUAAAUAGAAAAUUGAUAUAUGAUAUCUU